ACCGUUUUCUCUCUCUCUUUCCUUCCUCCCGCUACACACUCCACAUAGAGAGAAAAACCUCAAAAAUCUCUCUUCCCCUAUUUUCUCUCUCCUCCAAAUGCCUUCUCUACCCAUGUCCGAUUCUCUCUCCUGUGAAUCCCCAAAAGAAAGGAGCAUGAAAGAGAAGAAAUCGAAGCUUGAAUCAGUAGAUUCCGAGAAGAAAAUCAAGAAGGAAAAAAGUAGCAGUAAGAAGAGAGAUAAAGAAGGGGAAAAGGAGAAGAAGAAGCGUAAGGCUGUUGAAUUAGACGAUUCUUCUGAUAAGAGUGAAUUAGUUGAACCUGUUGUUGAUUUGAAGCCUAAAAAAGCUAAAUUAAUGGAGGUUAGUGAUGAAGCGGAGGAAGAAGAAGCCGAAAACCCUAAUUCACUUUCGAAUUUUCGUAUUUCGAAGCCAUUGAAAGAUGCUUUGAUUUCGAAAGGGAUUCAGGCGUUGUUUCCCAUUCAAGCUAUGACCUUUGAUAUUGUUAUUGAUGGUUGUGAUUUGGUUGCUCGUGCACGAACUGGCCAGGGUAAGACACUUGCUUUUGUGUUGCCAAUAUUGGAGUCUCUAGUAAAUGGGCGAACUAAAACCUUGCGGAAAAGUGGCUACGGUAGAUUACCUAGUGUCCUGGUUCUCCUACCCACCAGAGAAUUGGCAACUCAGGUGUAUGCUGAUUUCCAAUCUUAUGGAAACUCAAUUGGACUUGCAUCUUGCUGUGUUUAUGGGGGCGCACCCUUCCAAUCUCAGAUAACUAGCUUGAAAAGAGGUGUUGAUAUUGUUGUGGGAACACCUGGUCGUGUUAAGGAUCUAUUGGAGAAGGGUGUUCUUAACCUUGGUUCACUGCUAUUCCGAGUCCUUGAUGAAGCUGAUGAGAUGCUCAGAAUGGGGUUUGUUGAAGAUGUUGAACUGAUUCUAGGGAAAGUAGAUGAUGUUACCAAAGUUCAGACACUUCUCUUUAGCGCUACCUUGCCUGAUUGGGUUAAGCACAUUUCUACUAGGUUUCUCAAAUCUGCAAAGAAAACUGUAGAUCUAGUAAGUGACCAGAAAAUGAAGGCCAGCACCAAUGUUAGGCACAUUGUCAUACCAUGUUCGGCUUCUGCAAGGCCCGAACUCAUUCCAGACAUUAUUCGCUGUUACGGCAGCGGAGGUCGUAUAAUAAUUUUUACUGAGACAAAGGAAUCUGCUUCUCAACUUGCUUCAUCAUUGACUGGAGCACGACCUUUGCAUGGAGACAUACAACAAACACAACGUGAGGUCACCCUUAAAGGAUUUAGAUCUGGAAAAUUCAUGACAUUAGUAGCAACCAACGUAGCAGCAAGAGGUCUGGAUAUAAAUGAUGUGCAAUUGAUUAUCCAGUGUGAGCCUCCUCGUGAUGUUGAAGCCUACAUCCAUCGUUCAGGCCGGACAGGCAGAGCUGGUAAGAAUGGAAUUGCCGUGAUGCUUUACGAUCCAAAGAAGGGCAGUGUCAAUAGAAUUGAAAGAGAAUCUGGUGUGAAAUUUGAGCAUUUAUCUGCACCACAACCCGCUGAUGUUGCCAAAGCAGCUGGUGUUGAGGCAGCAGAAUCCAUCACCCAAAUUUCUGAUAGUGUGAUUCCAGCUUUCAAGGAUGCUGCUGAGGAGCUAUUGAGUACAUCUGGUCUAUCUGCUGUGGAAAUACUUGCAAAAGCACUUGCCAAGGCAGCUGGUUACUCAGAUAUAAAAGAAAGAUCACUCCUGACUGGCAUGGAGGGCUAUGUAACUUUACUCAUUGAGUCAGAUAGACCAAUGUAUACACCAUCGUUUGCGUUUUCUAUAUUGAGAAGGUUCUUACCUGAGGAGAAAGUAGAAUCAGCAAUGGGGGUAGCAAUCACGGCCGAUCAGAAUGGCGCUGUGUUUGACGUUCCAGUCGAUGAUUUAGAAACUUUUGUUACUGGCUCGGAAAAUGCUGCGAAUGUGAGGUUGGAGGUGGUAAAAACCUUGCCUCGAUUACAAGAAAGAGAUACUUCAAGAGGACGAUUUGGUAAUUAUAGAGGAGGUGGUGGUGGUGGUGGUGGUGGCGGCUCAAGAUUUGGUGGAAGAGGAGGUCGUGGCGGCGGCGGCGGAUAUUCAGAUAGAGGGAACAACCGUUUCUCUGGGUUUGGUAGAGGAAGAGGUCGUCGUUAAUUCAUGAGUUAAAAGGAUAUUCUUGCACAAGCUGCAAAAAAGUUUUGAUGAUGAAAUCUAUUAGUUUGUAUGUUCUAUGAUUUUUUAUAUUUAUUUUCUUGUCAUUCCCCUGUUGAUGUGGUGUUAUAAAAUAUGCCGUCAAGCAGUGGAAAUCUUCAGCUGUACUCUAGCAUAAUUAAAUGGAAUCGCUUGGUUAUAAGCUAAUCUUAAUAUCAGUGACUUUUUUUGUACUUAAUUGUUUGGACGAUCAGAAACGCACGUUAAGGGCGAAUGUAAUGCUAUAGUGGGAACUUCGUAUUAAUAUUAUUUCUUUUUGCAUCAUUAA